GUCCCCUCAAGCAUUGAUUCCACUGCCACGUCGUUGACUCGACCGCCGAAACCCUUCUAACCGCGUCCGUGUCGGCGAGUGAGCAUGUGGGGAAACGUGCCUCCUCCGCAAGACAUAUGACAUAAGCGAUACGGCCUCGCAUGUGGGUGGCAAUCACCGAAGAGGCGGCCGAGGUGUCGCGCCGUUGUCAAUGACAUCAAAUAUGGAAUAUCGUCAGAAAUCGCCAGAUCGAUCUGCGACAAGGGGAUCAACCCUUCUCUGCGGCCUUCCAGUGUAUAGUCCCUCUCGAAGCACAUGUAUCGACCUUGAUUGUCUGAUUCGUCCAAUCUGUCGAAAGAGGAUUCGGUUCAGCCUGGUCAGAAAAGGAGGUAUGCGUGAAGAAUGAUACAUGGAUUGCAGUGCGAGGCCACGAGAAAGUCAAUCCCGACGUCAUGCCCUCCCUUUCCCUCGUUCCUUCCGCUCUUCCUUGGACAUGCACAAUGGCAGAUAUAAUCAACAACCCUCGUUCUGAGGGACCUAUCCAUCUUGACACCCCAAAGCAGUCUCCAGCAGAGACUUUAGUUGAAAGCGGUCUGCCUCCGUCCACAUGAUCUGUCACCAUGCAGAACCAAGAACACGAAGAACCCAGGCAGGAUUGGGUAGCGCCCACAGAGAGGGAUAUCUCCUUCCAAGGUCUGCCACGCGAGCACGAGUCCCUCCUCAAGGAGACCUUGUACCCCGAUGAUGCAUUCAAGGGCACGACCUACUGGGCUGACCUACCGGCCGGAGAACGUACCAAAUGGGUGAACGACCAACAUAGCUCGGAGGCCAGGCGAGAACUAAGGGACGUGUGGCAAAUGUUCAAGGCUGACCCUCUGGAUCCAAUCAACCGAUAUCUUCAUAACUAUGCCGUCACCGGCGUCGGAUUCUUCACCGAGGGUUACGUCUUGUUCUCUGUGGGGAAUGUCCUACCCCUCCUGGAAGUCGUGUGGCCUCAGUGCUGGAGGAAGCAUUCAGUCUGCGACAAAACCAUGGUGCAGGCCAUCAGCUACAUGGAGAUUCUCGGUAUCAUCUGUGGGCAAAUCCUAGUUGGUAUCACUGGCGAUUGGAUUGGCCGGCGCUGGGGCCUGAUUCAAGACGCGCUCAUCAUGUUGACCGGGACCAUUCUUCUGACAUCAAUGUGGGGUGUUACGCUGUCCGGGUGGACAGUCAUGUAUGGAAUCAGCCUCUUCUGGUUCUCGGUUGGAGUGGGUGGCGAGUAUCCCAUGACCUCGUCCACCGCCAUGGAAGGUAUCCAUGGCCAAGCAAGCUCAAGGAAUGACCGAUUGCAUCGGGGUCGGUCGGUGGCGUUGGCAUUCUUGAUGCAAGGCUGGGGGCAACUCGGAAACCAGCUGGUACUUAUUUUGGUCAUGCUCAUCUUCAACCACAGCCUCAAUCCCGGGUACGGCAAAACCGCGGCUCAGGCGACCUUUCGAAUCUCGUUUGGUAUUGCCGGACUUUGCCUCCUUUACUUCUUGUAUCUUCGUGUGUACAAGCUGAAAGGCGUGGAUCAAUCCCUCAAGGCCUCGAGAAAGAAGGGCGAAGUGACGGGAUAUGACGUGACGUCGUUGAAACUGACCAUGAAUCACUAUUGGCAUCGACUUCUGGCUACGAGCUUGUGUUGGUUUUGCAAUGACUUUCCUUUCUACGGCAAUCAGAUCUUCAGGAAUGUCUUUCUUCAGAUUGUCACUUCCAGCUCCAGCCAGGUGGGAACGUUGUGGCUCUACAAUUUGAUCAACAUCGGCUGUGAGCUUGCCGGUUACUACCUGGCCGCCCUCUUCAUGGAUCACAAAUUCUAUGGCCGCAAAAGAAUGCAAGCCGUGGGGUUUAUCAUGUCCUUCAUUCUGUUUAUCAUUGCUGCGGGGCUUUACCCAGUGUUGGACGUCAAGGGGCCAGGGGGGAAGGCCUUUGAAUUUAUCUACUUUUUCAGCAGUUUCUGGAUUCAAUUUGGACCCAACUCCACGACGUUCUUGGUGGCAGGCGAGGUGUAUCCUGCUCCCAUUCGAGCUACUGCGCAUGGGUUUAGCGCAGCGGUUGGCAAGUUGGGGGCUCUCUGUGCAACUAUCAUCUACAACUACAUCGGGGGCAGGACCAAGUUUUGGGUCGUCAGCUGGUUUGGGCUUAUCGGCUUUAUUGUCACCAUUUUAUUCAUCCCAGAUACAACAGGUCUUGACCUUCGUGAACAAGAGCGAUACUGGUAUUUCGUUCGGGAAGGACGAUCUCAGGAUUAUCACGGCAUCGCGAUUCAUCCCAGACAUCUCAGUUGGUACGAACGAGUCGUCUUGAAGCGACACCACCAGUAUAACCCAGAGCUAGAUCGUCUCGCUCGGAUCAACGAGCUCCGGGAAUUGUACGAGAAAGUCGAGGGUGUCAAGGGUGCCGAAACAGACGAUGAAAAGACUCUCCCGGGAACGAACCAGGGUGAUCUGGACGACAACGUCAGCAGAUACUUCGACAUGGAACGGCGAAGUGGGAAGAAAAAUAAUGUGUAAAUGUCCAGGCGUGUUGGGACUGGACGGGGUGUGGUUAAUGUCAUUUUCUUACCAAAAAGUCUGGACACACAAGAUUAUGG